GCUUCCCCGGCGCGGUGACGUCACGGCCAGGAUCCGCGCCGCAGCGCUGAGCUCAGUCCUCCUCCUCUUCACCACCACCAUCAUCAUCCUCCUCCUCGUCGUCGUCGCCAAUUAGAACGAUUACAAGCUGCAGUAGCAGCCUGCUCUCACGACGUGGUUGGCGGUGGUGGUGGUGGCGGUGGUGGUUGGCCGGGGCCCGUCCGUCCCGCGUGCUCCUUUCGUCUCCUCCGCCGCCGUCAACCGCCGCCGCUGCCGCUGUUGUUGCUGCUGUUGCCGCUGCUGUUGUUGCUGCUCUUGUUGCUGCUGUUGUUGCCGCCGCUGCUGUUGUCGCUGCUGUUGUUGCCGCUGCUGCUGUUGUCGCUGCUGUUGUUGCCGCUCUUGUUGCUGCUGUUGUUGUCGCUGUCGGCGUUGCGGGCUCGAGGUUCGAGGCUGGCGCCAUGUCCGUGGCGGGGCUCAAGAAGCAGUUCCACAAGGCGAGCCAGUUUGUUAGCGAGAAGGUGGGCGGAGCGGAGGGGACGAAGCUCGACGAUGACUUCCUGGAGAUGGAAAAGAAAAUUGACACAACCCAGAAGGCAGUGGUGGACAUUGUCACCAAGACUCAGGAGUACCUGCAGCCCAACCCAGCGUCGCGCGCCAAGCUCGGGAUGCUGAACACCAUGUCCAAGAUCCGCGGCCAGGUCAAGUCCACGGGAUACCCGCAGCCGGAGGGCACGCUCGGGGAGUGCAUGGUGAAGUACGGACAGGACCUGGGCGAGGAGUCCAACUUCGGCCAGGCCCUUGUGGACGUGGGCGAGUCGUACAAGGAGAUGGCGGAGGUGAAGGACGGCCUGGACAUCGGCGUCAAGCAGAACUUCAUCGACCCCCUGCAGGGCCUGCAGGAGAAGGAGCUCCGGGAGAUCGGGCAACACCUCAAGAAGCUGGAGGGGCGGCGCCUCGACUUUGACUACAAGAAGAAGCGCCAGGGCAAGAUCCUGGAGGAGGACAUCCGCCAGUCGGCCGAGAAGUUCGAGGAGUCCAAGGAGGUGGCCGAGAGCAGCAUGUUCAACCUCUUGGAGAGCGACGUGGAGCAGGUGAGCCAGCUGGCGGCGCUGGUGGAGGCUCAGCUGGAGUACCACCAGCAGUCCGCCGUCAUCCUCGUGCAGCUCCACCAGAAGCUGCAGCGCCGGAUAAGCGAGACGUCGGAUCGGCCGAGGCGAGAGUUCAAGCCCAAGCCCGUGUUCGCGCCCUGCGACCUCCAGGAGAACAGCCAGCAGAACGGCGGCGUCAGCGCCGCCUCCUACGCCUCCUCCUCCGCUCGCUCCUCCAAGUCCUCAGACUCCUCUCCGAGGCUCAGCCAAUCGGGGAACUUUAGCUGGUCGCAAGAGAUUCAGACCCUGGCGGCGCCCAUGGACCAGCCGUGCUGCAAGGCGCUGUUCGACUUCGACCCCGAAAACGACGGGGAGCUGGGCUUCAAGGAGGGCGACGUCAUCACGCUCACCAACCAGAUCGACGACAACUGGUACGAGGGCAUGAUCCACGGCCAGUCGGGAUUCUUCCCCAUCAACUACGUCGAGGUGCUCGUGCCACUGCCGCAGUGACCGUCGGGGGAGCGCCCCGGAGCUCCCCUUCCCCGCACCCCCCCCCCCACCUCCUUCCCCUCCGCCUACCCCAACCCCCCAUUUCCCCGUCACGGCAUCGGCCACUUGGCGCCGGCUCGCUCGAUGGUAGCGCAGGGGGCGGAUUCGGCGUGCCGAGGGGGACGCCGGCGGGAGCGCAGGGGAAGCGGCAGAUAGUUAACGGGGCAACGGUGUCCGCAGAGGUGUAGCGGUGCACGCGUACGGCGCAGACCGGGAGGCAACGCGGCGCUUAGCAAAGGCCCGUUGCAGAUUGUCGCUCCCGCGAAGAACACUUUGCCGAGCGUCAAGUGCCCUAUCUCCAAAAGUGCCCUGAAGCAGGCCGCGUAGGGAUCCGUUACUGAGAAGUGUUACUGCCGUUAUGUUCGACGCGGCGUCGGAGAGGGAAGAGCGGUGUAUCUCGUCCGUCUCAGCGCAUCUAAAAGGAGCGAGAAAAAAAAUAUUUGUAAGUUGACGACGUUUGUCGUUCGACGUACGCCUCGUGGAACGGUUUGUGACUCCCGUGUACGGCACCCCCACCCCCCCUCCUCCUCCCCCGUGGGAUCCGCACCUGCUCGGCGAUUGAUUGGUCGGUGGCAUCUUAACAUGCGCAGAGGUUGUGGCAUUGUUGGCGCCGGCGGCACAGAGCGUGGCCGCCAUCCCCGCUCGUCCGUGACUCCUCCCCCCCGGUCGUCGUUCUCUCUGCGAGAGCGAGCGAAUGCCGCGCGGCGCACGUUACAAGUUGAGCUCAUUGUUAUUGGCGGCACAAACCCCGCGACCCGAACAAAGCCGUUUACAUAACUGCCGGAGUCUGUUUUCGCGGUUGUGCCUCUGCAUCGCGAUUUCGUGCGUUUUUUUUUGUUUUUCCGGUUGUGCUGCCGCGUAGCUCCCCGAUCUGUUUUUCGGCGGUUGUGCCGCUGUGCGUUGUUCGGCAACGACGCCCGACGUUUACAUUUCCUGAAGAAGCUGCCGGGGCGUGGAGCGAAACGUUGGGCGUAGCGCAGGGAGACGCACGCCGCGACCCCAACAAAACACGCGGGAGAGGCCAAACACGGUCGCUUGUUUUCUGUGAGCGCGUGCGACGCACGGCGUUGUCGCGUUUGGUUUGUUGUCCUUCCCCCGCACCUCUGACGAGCACGCUCGGCUACGUACGGUGCGAAAGAAGUUCACCGUAUGUAUGUACAGCGACGCCCCGUGCGUGGUUUUGUGAAGCGCUUUGUACUGUAGCCUUGUACAUGAUAUUUUCACCGGUCGUGCUGUACGGCUCUCCGUUGCGUUGUCGGUUUGUGCCGCGUGUUGAUCGGCGCCGUGUCCCACGUUUCGCUGCACGCGACAGGAGCUUCUUCAGGAGCUGACUUGAACGGCCCACUCUCUCUCUUGGUUCUGUAGUAGAGUGGCUCCGCCGCCGUUGCUGCUGCUGUUGUUGUUGAGUCUUGACACCGUUUCUCUGAGCCCGCUGAACGACACAAAGAUAACAUCGACCGGGCCUUUGUCCAAUCGGCGUCAAGAUCCAACAACGGCACCGUGCGGCAGACGCUCUCCUGUCGAGAGAAGAAGCGAGCUUGCUCAGUUGGGUUGCUGACGAAGGCCCCCGGCACACGGAGCGGAACGUCGGACAACGUCCGAGCAGCACGCGGUACAACACGAAGCGCGUGGGGGAGAGCUUUAUCCACCCUCAUUUCAUUUCCUUCACCCCGUCCCCCACACCCCCACGGACUUUAUCGCCGCGAACUUGCCGUUGGGGCUCAGCUUGGGGUGAGAGUUUACAGAGCCCCGUUGCCGCGUGGUGGUGGUGGUGGUGGCCUGUCGCGUCCGCGUGUCUACGUCGCGUGCCUGCGUGCUCCCCACACACUCCCAGCCGUGCAUGUUUUUGUGCUGGAAGUGGUGGGGGGGUCCGUUCCGUGCUCGUCGAAAGCGAUCAAACUAAAGGAAAAACCGCCCGAGCCUCGGACCUGGGCAGCCAUCGCUGUCUGAGUAUUAUUAUUAUUAAUGUUGUAAACCAAUUGGCAACUUUGCACAAGAUGUUUGCUGACCCCCAUUCAUUUUUCUCCCAACCCGGAUAUUAUUACUGUUGAGUGGUGAACGUUAUUUACGCUGGCAAGCUACCAUUGCAGCAAUUCCAAACGUUCCACGGGAGUCUACGGACUUUGGUUUGCAUAAAAGCAACUACACACAGAAGAAAAGAGAUGAUGUACGUUGCAUCUUAAAGUACAGAAGAUGGAAUGUGUUAUAUCAUAUAGGUGCUGAGACACAAGAAUUAGAUGUGAUUAAACAGCCCGAUUGGCACUGCCGAUCGUGUUGACAGGCUCGGACGCAAGAGACGGUGACGCUGAGAGAUUUGGGACCACGUUACGGACCAAUUCGUCGACGGAAGUGCAAUUCGGUUUUGCCAUUUCAAGCAGACAUCGAGCGUUCUACGUUGCCUCGAUGUGCAUGAGUAUGGGCCACACUGACCAGAAACCCGGAAGCCCCGCGCUUGAAUAUCAGAGACCAGCGUCCACACGCCCUGAAGUGUACCGCUCACUCUGUGUGUCCACACGCCCUGAGGUGUCCACACGCCCUCAAGUGUACCGCUCACUGUGUGUGUCCACACACCCUGGAGUGUACCGCUCACUGUGUGUGUCCACACACCCUGGAGUGUACCGCUCACUGUGUGUGUCCACACGCCCUGGAGUGUACCGCUCACUGUGUCCACACGCCCUGAGGUGUACCGCUCACUGUGUGUCCACACACCCUGGAGUGUACCGCUCACUGUGUGUUCACACGCCCUGAGGUGUACCGCUCACUCUGUGUGUGUCCACACACCCUGGAGUGUACCGCUCACUCUGUGUGUGUCCACACACCCUGGAGUGUACCGCUCACUCUGUGUGUGUGCACACGCCCUGGAGUGUACCGCUCACUCUGUGUGUCCACACGCCCUGGAGUGUACCACUCACUGUGUGUGUGCACACGCCCUGGAGUGUACCGCUCACUGUGUGUGUCCACACACUCUGGAGUGUACCGCUCACUGUGUGUGUCCACACACCCUGGAGUGUACCGCUCACUCUGUGUGUGUCCACACGCCCUGGAGUGUACCGCUCACUGUGUGUGUCCACACACCCUGGAGUGUACCACUCACUGUGUGUGUGCACACGCCCUGGAGUGUACCGCUCACUGUGUGUGUCCACACGCCCUGGAGUGUACCGCUCACUGUGUGUGUGUCCACACGCCCUGGAGUGUACCACUCACUGUGUGUGUCCACACGCCCUGGAGUGUACCACUCACUGUGUGUGUCCACACGCCCUGGAGUGUACCACUCACUGUGUGUGUCCACACGCCCUGGAGUGUACCGCUCACUGUGUGUGUCCACACGCCCUGGAGUGUACCGGUCACUGUGUGUGUCCACACACCCUGGAGUGUACCGGUCACUGUGUGUGUCCACACACCCUGGAGUGUACCGGUCACUGUGUGUGUCCACUCGCCCUGAGGUGUACCGGUCACUGUGUGUGUCCACACGCCCUGGAGUGUACCGCUCACUGUGUGUGUCCACACACCCUGGAGUGUACCGGUCACUGUGUGUGUCCACACGCCCUGGAGUGUACCGCUCACUGUGUGUGUCCACUCGCCCUGAGGUGUACCGGUCACUGUGUGUGUCCACACGCCCUGGAGUGUACCGCUCACUGUGUGUGUCCACACGCCCUGGAGUGUACCGGUCACUGUGUGUGUCCACUCGCCCUGAGGUGUACCGGUCACUCGCGCUAACAGCUGUGCCCGUGAUGUCUCCUCGUGUUGAUCUUAAGGCUUCGGAGUCUCAGCCCACAAGGAUAAUUGGCAUUGUACUGAAUGUUGUUUAACCACUGGUUAAUUAUGACUCCCGAUAGAGUGUAUGAGCUCUUUAUAUUUUUGCACAUUCCUGCUUGCGAGGUCACUUAUUCCUUCCCGUGUAGACCUAUGUUGCUGUAGUGGUCGUCCUGAUUGCUUUGUGAGAGCCGUAAAUCUUCAUGCCUCAAUAGACAUUUUUAUAAUGUAGAGAAAUGCACAUCUGUGACCGGCGGAUACUAUAUGUAUAUGUUUUACUAUACGAGAUGUAUUUUACAUGUUAAGUGGUUCAGUGAAUUGCCUUAACAUUCCCUGCCCUGUGUCCUGUAGCGUGGUGAUGUGGUGCAUUGAGAUGUUGAUGCACAGGUGGCAUUGUUUCAAAAGUAUUGCGUAAAUAAAUCUAUCGUGGUGGGGGUUACAGCU